GGGCGUAGGCGCGCGCACCGGCCCGAAUCUCGCGGCUACGGAUACACCGGACUGGCCGAACGUGGAUCACCGGAAACCGCACGCACGAGGCAUGGACGGCUACGCGACGACGAUGAGAUGCAUGCUCCUGUUCUUCCUAUGUCUGAGCAGUCGCGCCUAUGCGCUGCCGCGCGUGAUACCACGAAGUAACAUAAGAAACAUUCCUGCUUCCAAUGCUCAGGUGCACUACAAUAUCACGAAUGCCGAAGUUGACGAUCAUCCGGCGAUAGACGAGGUGUCUUACGUUGACUUCGAUGCUGCUGCACCUGCGUCCUCCUCAAGACCGGACGUCUGUGACGAUUGUGUCUGCGGGGUUGGCAGAAAAACGAGGAUCGUCGGCGGCAACGUGACGAGCGUCUACGAGUAUCCCUGGUUAGUCAGUAUGACGAAGAAAGGAAUGUUUUACUGCGCCGGUAGCAUAAUAUCACGCAAGCACGUCCUCACAGCGGCACAUUGCUUAGAAGGAUUCGACAUCAAAACCAUCAAGCUGGUCUUAGCGGACAACGAGCGUCCCUCUGUAGGCAGCAACGCCAUAGUACGACGCAUUAAAUCCGCGAAAAUCCACGAGAACUUCCACGCUUACACUUUCAACAAUGACAUCGCGAUCAUAGAGAUGGAUUAUCCCGUGCCGGUGGACGGUGUCGUACGAACGGCAUGUCUGCCCGAAGACAAAGCCAUUGAUUACACAGGAGCGAUAGCCACGGUGGUAGGAUGGGGCAGAACGGGUGAGACGAAACCGGUUAGUGACGAAUUGCGAAAAGUCAAUCUACCGAUCUUGUCGCAAGAGGAAUGCGAUCAGGCCGGAUAUGCAAAAAAUCGCAUCACGGAAAAUAUGUUUUGCGCCGGCUACUUGGAAGGGGAGCGCGGGGAUGCUUGUUUCGGUGACAGCGGCGGUCCACUUCACGUUAAGGGAAGUAACGCACACCUGGAAUUAAUAGGGAUCAUUUCUUGGGGACGCGGAUGUGCCAGGCCAAAUUUUCCAGGUAUAUAUACUAAAUUAACAAAUUACAUGGAUUGGCUUAAGAAUCACUUAGACGGCGAAUGCGUUUGUCCUCCACCACAUCGUCAAUGAAAUCAAGGUUCCUCGAGGAUUAUUUUAUGUACGAAUAUAAAUCAUAUAAUAUAAUUAGGAUGACUAUGAGUGUUAAAUUAGCAGUGCGUCGAUCUUUUCAAAGGAAUACUUUUAAAAUCUUUCAAAGUUCACGUUAAAUGAAAG